AUGGCUUCCCGCGCCGCAGUACCCUUUCUUGUGACGAUGAUGCUCGUCACAGGAGUGUGCAACACACUUCUCACGAAAUACCAGGAUAACCAAUGCGUUCGGGAUUGUCAUGGCAAACGACCUCAACUCUUUGAGCAGCCGGUGCUCCAAACGGCGCAGAUGUUCGUAGGCGAGAUGGGGUGCUGGCUCGUUAUUGCACUGAUGGCUGCGUAUCGGCGCAUCGUCUCUCGACCGUCUCCCGAGGAACGCGGCUACGAAACUGUCAACACCACUGAGAAUGCAGAACAUGAAGAACACAGAAACAGACCAAAGCCAGAUGGCGAUUGUCCGUCCGUCCUCCGAGGGUUUCGCGUCGUUCUCCUGGCGCUUCCCGCCAUUUGCGAUAUUUGCGGUACUACGCUCAUGAAUGCAGGACUACUCCUCGUUGCUGCAUCCAUCUACCAAAUGACCAGAGGUGCCCUAGUAUUAUUCGUCGGUCUGUUCAGCGUCAUGUUCCUCCGUAGGCAUCUUCAUCUAUUCCAAUGGCUCUCUCUCGUUGGCGUUGUUUUAGGUGUCGCUGUCGUGGGCUUAGCUGGGGCUAUCUGGCCUGAUGAGAAACAAAUAUCACAGAACGGUGGCAGCUCUCUCGUUGAUGACGGUUCCAGUGGAGGACUUUCAGACGCCGCAAGAGCUGUCAUCGGGGUACUCCUCAUUGCUGGGGCUCAGAUAUUUACAGCAACACAAUUUGUGCUAGAGGAAUGGAUGCUAGAGAACUCAACCAUCGCGCCGAUCAAGGUCGUCGGCUGGGAAGGGAUCUUUGGUUUCUCGGUCACACUCUUGGUUAUGGUUGUCAUGCACUUCUUGGUUGGGCGUACAGAAGCUGGGCGCUAUGGCCCAUUUGACAUGGCCGAGGGCAUUCGACAAAUUUCCCAACCGAAGAUUUGGACCUCUAGCGUUCUGAUUAUGAUUAGUAUUGGUGGUUUCAACUUUUUUGGCCUGUCCGUCACACGUAGUGUCAGUGCGACCUCUCGAUCAACCAUUGAUACCUGCCGAACGCUCUUCAUUUGGAUCGUCUCACUGGGACUUGGCUGGGAGUCAUUCAAGUUACUUCAGAUCGUUGGGUUUGCGCUGUUGGUAUAUUCGACUUUUGUAUUCAACGGGAUUGUACAACCUCCACUGGAAAGUUUGCGCAUCAAUGAGGAGGUGGAGGAACUACUUCCUGAGGAACCCAUCGAACACCAGUAA